CUGAGAGUCAGAUGAUUUUUCUUUUGCUGUUUUCCUGUUAGCUAGCGCCGUAGCCAACAAAACAACAACCACCUCACUGUAUUUCCUUCUUGACGCUUUACUUCUCCAGUUUUCUCUACUCUUACCUCUGGAGUCCUGUCGCAAACAUGGAUGAGACGAGCCCGCUUGUCUCACCACUACGCGACUCCGGUGAGUACUACGGUCCCACAGAACACACCAGUCCGCGGGGCACACUUGCGGGGACACCGGGCUCUGUGGUUCGAAUUCCGGCUGGUAGUCCAGGGCGCAGUCGGGAGAGACAGCCAUUGCUGGACCGUGACCGAGGAGGUUCUCCGCGGGACCCACAUCACAACGAGUUCCCCGAAGACCCGGAGUUUAGAGAAAUCAUCCGAAAGGCCGAGAGAGCCAUAGAGGAGGGCAUCUACCCAGAGAGGAUCUACCAGGGAUCCAGUGGGAGCUAUUUUGUCAAAGACUCGCAGGGGAAGAUUAUUGGAGUAUUUAAGCCAAAGAAUGAGGAGCCCUAUGGUCACCUAAACCCCAAGUGGACUAAAUGGCUGCAGAAGCUCUGCUGUCCAUGCUGUUUUGGUCGUGACUGUUUAGUUCUUAACCAGGGAUACCUUUCGGAGGCAGGGGCCAGCUUGGUUGACCAAAAACUUGAACUGAACAUAGUUCCCCGAACAAAGGUUGUGUAUUUGGCUAGUGAAACUUUUAAUUACAAUGCCAUAGAUAGAGUUAAAUCCAGAGGAAAGAGGCUGGCUUUGGAAAAGGUGCCAAAAGUGGGCCAACGCUUCCAUAGAAUUGGACUGCCUCCAAAGGUUGGUUCUUUCCAAUUGUUUGUGGACGGCUACAAGGAUGCAGAUUUCUGGCUGCGCAGGUUUGAGGCAGAGCCUUUGCCUGAGAAUAACAACCGCCAGCUACAGCUGCAAUUCGAGCGGCUCGUUGUCCUUGAUUACAUCAUCAGAAACACAGGCAAAGGAAAUGACAACUGGCUGCUUAAGUAUGAUUGCCCAAUGGAUUCUUCAGGGAACAGGGAUACUGACUGGGUGGUUGUUAAGGAACCAAUUAUCAAGUUAGCAGCAAUAGAUAAUGGUCUUGCAUUUCCACUUAAACAUCCAGAUUCUUGGAGAGCAUACCCUUUUUAUUGGGCGUGGCUUUCCCAAGCCAAAGUCCCAUUUUCUCAAGAAAUCCGAGAGUUGGUUCUGCCCAAACUGUCAGAUCCAAAUUUUAUCAAAGACCUGGAAGAGGAUCUCUAUGAACUGUUUAAGAAGGACCCUGGUUUUGACAGGGGCCAGUUUCACAAACAAGUCUCUGUGAUGAGAGGGCAGAUUCUGAAUUUGUGCCAAGCCCUGAAGGAUGGUAAAACUCCUCUUCAGCUUGUCCAGAUGCCCCCAGUAAUUGUUGAAACGGCCAGAGCACCUCAGCGAGCCAACAGUGAAUCCUACACACAGAGUUUCCAAAGCAGAAGACCAUUCUUCACCUGGUGGUAGGAUUGGACACUGGACAACAGUAUGAAGUGGAUCCACUGUGUACUGAGCGACAGAUUUUUACUCAUUAAACUAAUUCCAUCCAUUUGACUCCAUUAACGGAUAUGAGGUCUGGUAACGGGGGAACUGAAAAGAAUCACUUCUGUGAGAUUGUGAGUACCACUGAAGUUCAAAUAAUGUUCUUCUCUGAAGGUACAACCUGAUUUACAUAUCUGUUUAUGCACACGCAUGCCAGUCAAAAGCCUUUAAUUAUGUUUUUUGAUGGUAGCUAUUGCAUUCCACAUUUUUAUUUUACAUUUCUGCCUUUAAACAUUCACUCUUUCCAGUGCAAUUUAAAAGGAUCCCCUGGUUUGUGACAACAAAAGUGCCAUUACUGUGGUUAUUGUUAGUUAAGAAUUUGUAAGUGUACACUAAAGGUUUUACAUUGAACUAAACUAAACAAACUGGUUUCACAGUGGCUAAAGGUUCAUGUAAGAAAAAGGACAAUGAGUUGAGAAUGUUUAAGAACGAACAGGGGCAUAUUAUUCCUCAUACGACCUCACUGAGGCACAGCUGCAUCUCUUCUUUGAGAUUGGUUAAAUCCACUGCACCAACUCUGUCUGGUUACUGUGUCUACUUUCUUGGGUGGAUGAAAGUAAACAAAGUGACCUCCUGCUACUGAACGGACUUAAACUGUAUUGUGAAAAUGCACUGUAAUUUGUAUGUAAUAUUUAAUGAUAGAUUAAUUAAAAUACUAUUAAUACAAAU